AUGGGCAAUUCUCUUCAUGAUAUUGCCUGCCAAAAAAUUGCCGAGUUCAUUAAAAAUGGUUCAUACAACAAACGCGCAUUUGAACUGGAUCCCAAAUCGAGUAACAUAGUUUAUUCCCAUUUCAUGAAAGGGGAUGUUCCUUUCAGUUGGAAACCCAUUCAUAAAAUGAACGCAACAAAAGUUACCCUACAACCUCAAACACUGGUUGAGAAUAAUGCCAGGCAGCUGCAGGAAUGUUCUAUAGAAGAACUGAAAAUUGGAAACUUUUCUAAAUCUAAAAAUUGGGGCUUAUUUAUGGAAGAUUGGAAGAAUGCUGCCAUCUUUGACACACUUAGCUAUCUGUGGGAUACAAAUCACUGAAGAUGAUUUCUAUCAACUUUGCAGUAAUUUUCCAAAUCUUCGGUCAUUGGAUAUCAGUGGGACCAACAUCAAGAGUCUAACGGGAAUUUCAAGACUACGAAAACUGGAAGUGCUCGCUGUGAGAGAUUUACCCAUUAAAAGUUGCGAAGAGCUAAGUGACUUAUUCAAUUUAAACAACUUGAAGGCAGUGGAUAUAUCAGAAACAAGGUUUAUUCGGGAAUCGAACAAUAACACGAUUAUGUACGUAGCUUGCCAGAAAGUGUUACCAGAGUUGAGGUUUAUAGAUUGUUCAAGAACUAUGAUGAGCGUGGAGCUUCUCGAAUAUCUGCUAAAAACUCAUCGUAAUCUUCAAGGAGUGAUUGCAACGAUGACUAAAUCAGACAGUGACAUAUAUGAUGAUGCUCGUGCUCUCAAUGUGGCAACUUUUGAUUCAACUGUUCGAGCUCUCACUUACUUUUUGAAGGCAAACAAGGUUUUUGAAAAUGGGCAUACUAUUACGAAAAUUGAUGAUUUCAUUGCUGCUGAUAGCUCACGAAUUCUCAAUAUUCGUCCUUGCAUGGAAAUUAUUAUAAAAUCUAUGCAAACUUUUGAUUCGCCAUUUGUAGUACAAAACGGAUUGAGAUGUUUGAUAAGAUUCGGAAUUGGAUAUUCUAACCAGCUUUGUUCUAAUGGAGUGACAUUAUUGGUUGAAACUUUGUUGAGUUUCGUUCAACCAACUCGAUUGGUACCUCCACACGAUUUAACGGAUGCUAAAUCUUCUUACUGGAAUGCCAUCGAAACACUUGUCAAUUUGAGAAUCGGACGAAUAGAUUUUGAUAAAAUAUGCAGAACAGCAAUGCAAUUUCUGCUAGAACCUAAUUUAACAGAGAACCCCUGUACCAGAGCCGUAGUGGUUAUGUCACAGUGUGUACAUCGAAUGCAUUCUGAUGAAUUGAAAUCUUUAUUUGAAAAAACAAGACAUGUGAAACGAUUAAUUCAGCUGAUCAAAUGGAGUGCGCCGCGGAAAAAUGAAUUAAUGGUUUCAGCUUCCAUAGAAAUAAUUAUUAAAAUUAUUGAAAAAAGUUCAAAAGCUUGUAUGGAAAUAACAGAAGCUGGAAUAAUAAGUUUUGUAUCAAGUUGCGUUGAAAAUUUUGAGUCAAAUGCUAUUAAUGAUAAGUGCUUGGAAUUGCUAAGAAAUCUGUCAUCCAUGCUGGAUUGUAACUCAUUGCAAGAAGUCUACACUUCAUCGAAUGUCGAAAAUAUUCGGCUCUUGACCGCUCGAUUGAAUGGUGGCAAAGCGGACCACGAGAGUAUUUCUCCAAGUAGUUCGCCAAGUGAAUAGAC